CCUGAAAAAAACCCCACCUGUUUUCGACCCUUGGAUGCUGCAGCUUUCCUGUAGCUGUGAUUCUUUUUACCUUUUUUUCUUCAUCCACAUCCUCUCAUUUUCCUUUUUCUUCCAUUGCAAGUUACAGUUACACACAAUAGAUACUGACAGAAUCCGCCUAUUGAAAGUAUAAAGCAUUUCAAUGGACGCAUCAGGAGAGGAUUUCCAAUCUCUUCCUUUGCUGGACAGACUUCAGCACAAGUUGUGGAAAGCGCGCGUAUCGGCCUACGACGAGUUGACUAACCUAUUUCACAAAACUGACAACGAUGCCGAUUUUUAUACAUAUGAAGAGUACCUCAAGAAAAUGGCCACGGAUGCCAACGCCGUGGCCCAAGAAGCCGGUCUAAAAGCUGUAUACGAAUAUGUGGAAAACGCGCCGAAUGCUGCAGCAUCCCGUGAAACCCUCAUUCCCGCCCUCGUGGAGAAAUGUUUGGGCGCAGCUAAAGCCGGAACAAAGCAAAAAGCAACUGAUAUCAUCUUACUUUAUGUCGAAAUCGAUGUGGCGGAUCCAGUGGUUGAAUUGGUGCUUCCUGGAUUAUCGGCUAAACAACCGAAACUGGUGACCCAGUGUGUGGUGGUCCUCAGAGAAUUAGUCAGACAGUUUGGCAUCAAGGUCGUCAGCCCCAAGCCUAUCUUGAAAGUAUUACCAAAACUGUUUGGACACGUCGAUAAGAAUGUUCGAGCCGAGACCUUUGCAUUAACCGUAGAAUUGUAUCGUUGGUUGCGGACUGCCAUCAAUUCUUAUCUGAGCGAUUUGAAACCGGUUCAAACAAAAGAGCUUGAAGAAGCAUUUGCCAAAAUUGGCGACGACAAACCGAAACCCGAACGGCUCUUGCGAUCGGAACAAGCCCUCGCUGCCGCAGAGCCGGAUCCACAAGAAGUUCAAAUGGGAGAAGCAGGCGAAGAGGAAGAUGGUCAUGGCGAACCUAUGGAAGAAGAGCCUCUCGAUCCAUAUGACCUGGCGGAUCCCGUCGACAUUACUAGCAAAUUGCCCGCCAACUUUUACGAUUUACUGGCAUCGAAAAAAUGGCAGGAACGAAGAGAAGCGCUGGAUGCAUUACUGGAAAGUACAAAAACUCCCCGAAUCAUGGAUAAAGAUUACUCGGAGCUCAUGGGCGCGCUUGCCAAGCGUAUUAAUGAUGCCAACAUCUUGCUUGUGGGUACCGCAGCCAACUGUGUAGAAGCCAUCGCCACUGGAUUACGUCAAGAUUUUGGCAAAUUUAAAGGAGUGAUAACGCCGCCCAUUGUUGAAAAACUAAAAGAACGCAAACCGGCGAUUCUCGAACAAUUGGCAAAAGCGUUGAAUGCGGUGUUUGCGUCGGUUCCAUUGGGCGAUAUCGUUGAAGAUAUUGCGACGGCAACAAAACACAAGAAUCCCCAAGUGCGAUCGGAAUCUAUUAAAGUGCUUUCCCAGCGAUUGAAAGAGAUCCGUACGCCUCCGAGCAAGCCCGAAAUCAAAGCGUUUGCGGAAAUGAUGGUAAAGACGUUGGAUGAUGCAGAUGCAAAUGCGAGAGAAGCCAGUGCCGAAGGUUUGGGGACGCUCAUGAAAGUGGUGGGUGAGAAACCCAUGCUACCGUACACCGAUGGAUUGGACGAUAUCAAGAUGGGUAAGAUCAAGGAAGCUUUUGAAAAGGCCCAAGUCAAAGUCAAAGCGACUCCCGUGAAAAAGCCCGCUCCUCCUCCUCCGGCGACCAAACGCGCCGCACCCACAUCAAAGCCUGUCCGAAAACCCAAACCGUCAGCUCCAGCACCGGCCGCAUCAUCGUCUUUGAGCACGGCUUCCGUUGACGAUCCCAUGGCGGUCGAUAAUGCCGCGGCAUUGUCGCCUCCCAAACGAAAACCUCCGGCUCGUUUAGGUGGUGGUAGUAGUGUGAAAAAGCCCACAUUGACUUCGGCUAAACCUAAACCGGCCGCCGCUGCCUCUGCUGCAGCACCUAAAAAAAUGGCCGCCGCCAAAUUGCCUCCUUCCAGCGGUCCCGAAGAAGUCAAAUACCGAUUUUCACCGGAAGAAGCAGAGAGUCGAGUGGAGGAGUUUAUUCCACCACAAAUCUGGGAAGACCUGGGUCAAAGUCAGUGGAAGGUUCGAUUAGCGGCCAUGGAGUCGCUGCAUACCCAUUUCGAUACUGUGGAUGCUCCCACCAUCGAACCGGAAAUUGUCAUUCGUUGCUUGUCGAAAAAACCCGGUGGGAAGGAAAUGAAUUUCCAGGUCAUGGGCAAAAUGUUUGGUAUUAUGCAAUUGUUGGCCACUAAGUGCCCCAAUUUUACCAAAUCCGCCGCCGCCAUUGCUAUUCCAGUGCUCGUGGAGAAAUUAGGUGACAUUAAACUGAAAAAGCCGGCGGGAGAAUGUUUGAUUAUGUUUGCCGAAAAAACGUCGCUUCAAUUUGUGUUUUCACUGUCGUAUCCUGUAUGGAAAAAAGCCAAGUCACCGAAAAUCCUCGCCGAUUCUUUAAUAUGGAUCCAUUCCGCUAUUAUGGAUUUCGGUAUUGCGGGACUUCAAGUGAGAGACUUGAUUGAUUUCUUAAAGACAUCGUUGGCCAAUACCAAUGCUUCUGUGCGAACCAGCGCGGUUACUGUCUUGGGUGCUUUGCGAUUAUAUAUUGGACCAGAGGUCAAGUCUUUUGUUCAGGAUGUGACACCAGCCCUGAUGGCUAUCAUUGAAGCCGAAUUCGAUAAAGUGGCACAAAUGGAACCACCGCAGCCAACAAAGACGACGGCCGAUACCGACGCUGGGGCAGCUGGAGGGGAUAGCGAUGCGUUGGAUUCAUUGUUUCCUCGAGUGGAUAUUUCGGGUCAGCUGGCUAAAGCGUCGGCGGAAUGCAAUGACAGCAACUGGAAGAUUCGAAAAGAAGGAUUGGAAAAGGUUCUGGCCAUCAUUGAGGGCGCCAACAAGCGAAUCAAACCAAACUUGGGUGACUUUGCGAGUGUGCUCAAGCAACGAUUGAACGACAGCAACAAGAAUCUACAAAUCAUGGCGGUGGAUAUUACAGGCUUGUUGGCGGUGUCCAUGGGCAAGCCUUUCGAGAAAUAUCUGAAGCCAUUGGGUGGGCCGUUGACCGCUGUGUUAUCCGACAACAAGGCGAAUGUGAGAGCGGCUGGUGUGGCUGCUUUGGACACGGUUCAGAAACAAUGCGGUGUGGAACCAUUGAUCUCCACCUUUGCUACAAGUUUGGCGACCGAUUCACCGACAUUGCGCAAAGAACUGCUCACUCUGUUGACGGGCGUAUUCAAAGAUGACGCCGUCAUUACCGGUGAUUUAUCGCCGCUCAUUUUGCCUCUUUUCUCAUGUUUGCAGGAUCGCAAUGCCGAGGUUCGAAAAGCAGCGCAAGCAUGCCUUCCUGCACUUGUGGCCAAUGUAGGCUAUGAUGCCGUCCUUCACAAAGCGGCCGAUCUCAAGGUGACGGAACGACAAACUGUCUUGCCAUUCGUGGAAGCCGUUCGAGGUACGGCUACAACAAGUAGUCGACCGGCGACAGCCGCAUCCGCUACCAGCGCUACUCCCCCCACCGAAGCGAAACGAUCGACGAUUUCCGCGUCCAAUACGAACGAAAAACCAGCCAGCCGCAUUAAAUCCAUUGCUCGCAAACGGCCGGGGUUACCGACGCCACGUACGGGAACGACCGGGACCGGCUCUGCUGCCGCCAACGCCGCCUCGUCUUCGGCGAAUACGCCUGCUCAGGGCCAGUGUCCUGUUACCACUAGUGAUCCACGCGCGAAACUGGUGCGAGCGAAAAAAGAGAACCGAUGGCAGUUUGAUACGCCACGAAGCGACAUUAUCGAUACGUUACGAACGCUUUGCGAAGCCAACAUGAGCGCUGAAGUAUGCAGUCUGAUGUUCAGUACAAGCCAGUAUGCGGAGAAAGAUCGACUCAGUGGUUUAGCCCUGUUGGACGAUUGUAUUGCUACGCCGGAAUAUGCCAUGCAAAAAUACGGUUUGGAUUACGCCGAUGUGAAACAGCGCUACUUGGCGAAUGCCGAUUUGAUCUUCAAAUACUUGACGAUCCGAUUCUUUGAUACCAAUACCAGUAUGCUCAUCAAGAGUCUUGAUCUAACUCAGCAUCUGGUCACCGUCUUGGAUGAGGAAGGAUACCAUCUCACGGAAUACGAAGCUGUAUCAUUCUUACCGUUCCUUAUCAACAAGGUGGGCGAUCCAAAGGAAGUGAUGCGUGCGCGGGUGCGCGCGAUUUUCAAAUCCAUUUGUCGCAUUUAUCCUGCCAGCAAGCUCUUCAAUUAUUUGUUGGACGCGGCGGCCAAUUCCAAGAAUGCCAAGACAAGAGCGGAAUGUCUGGAAGAGGUAGGCGCGAUUGUUCAACGCAAUGGCAUGUCGGUCAUGCUUGCGAACAAAUCGUUGCCCUUGAUUGCGACCCAUAUUGGAGAUCGCGAUGCAGGUGUCAGAAACGCGGCAUUGAAUGCUAUUGCUCAGGCAUAUAUUCUGAUUGGCGAUUCCGUCAUGAAAUACGUCAGUCGACUGGGUGAAAAGGAAAAGGGAAUGCUUGAAGAACGAUUAAAGCGCACGAAACCUUCACCUAGCGUGAUUGCUGCGGCGGAAAAGGAAGCGCGUUUGCGUCAGGAAGCGGAAGAAAUGGAAGUGGACGAGUUACCAUUUGUGAACCAGUUGCCGGGUCGUUCCCAUAUUGGCAAACCGCGUUCGGCCAUGCAAGCACCAGCUCCAGUUCAGCGGAGCCCUGCAGCACCAGCGUACGAACCUGAAGCCAUGGAAGAUGUCACGGACGACUACGGUCAAAAUUUGGAUCCGCCUCAACGGGGCGAUCAGCGUACAAUGACUGGGACUGGAUCGGUGCGGUCUCAACGAUCAGCUGCACAUCAAGCUUUCCAACAAGCGCUCCAAGAAGAUCGUCGCGAAUAUAUCGUGGAUUAUUUAAUUGCUCAAAUCACUAGUGGCGACGUUCAAUCGAGCAUUGAAGCGCUGAAACAGCUCGACAAGUUACUGUCUUCGAAACCAGAGUUGAUCUUGCCGGAUGUGAACAAUUUAGUGAAUGCCAUCACAUUGCAAGUCCGACUAGCAUAUUCGGCGGUGGAUCCGCGAAGUCCUACGACAACGCGAUUGUGCAAAUACCUGGUGAAUGCGCUCGUGGUGUUAUUCGCUAAUCGCGAUCUUGCCUCGGUGGUAUCACAGGAUGCUCUUUCCCAUCUUCUGCAGGAACUCGCGCAUCGAUUGCUGGAUCAUAAGAUGUUGGCCUUGGAAUCCGGAAUGCAAUUCUCCAAAGCACUGAAUGUCACUCUGGUCAAAGUCCUCGAGAACAGUCAGCGCAAUGUCAUGUUUAGUGCUCUCUUGUCUAUUCUGAGUUCAUCGUCGGCUAGUUUACGACCAGGCGAUUCACCGACGGGCAAGGAAACGAAAUAUUGCGAGUUGAUUAUGAAAUGUUUGUGGAAAUUGGCCAAACCUAUCCAGGAGAAUCUACGUAACGGCAUGUUGGAUCCUGAUCAACUGAUUUACGAUAUCAACAAAUUCUUUGUCAUGACGCCACCAUAUGAAUGGAAACGGCGUGCGGCAGAUAAAGUGCCUCUGGGUGAACUGCCUUUACGAACCGUGCGAACCAUGUUGCUUGAACUGGUCAAUUGUUUAGGCGAAUCGAUCUAUCAUCAUUUGACCUUGAUUGAGGAUCCGUCGAAGAGCGCCGUAUACCCAUAUUUGCAUCAUAUGUUGGAUGCGGGACGAAAGAAUGAACGAUCCGAACAACAACAAGCUUCACAAGCAUCGCCUCGAUCCCAACUUCAACAUGCUUCUGCCGGCGACAAUCGAUUUUACGCUCACUCUCGCAACUCCUCGCUUAGUCGACCGGGGUCAAUGGCUUCGGUGAAAUCCAACGGCUUUGGUAUGAUGCGAACAAGCUCCGGGUCCUCGAUGCAAUCGGGAGAAAGUCAAGGUGAAGGAUUGGUGCAAGUGGCAGGAACACCGGAAGCGGGAACGAGUCAGAGCCCUCGCAUGCAUUCCCCGGUGAUCAGCCAUCAAGUGCAACCGAUGCAAAUUGACGAACCCAACGACGGACCUCGAAUGAUUUCCGAUUAUGAAGCCAACAAUUUGCUGACACCGAUCUUUGCGAAAAUUGGGACACGAGAUCAAACAAAACAGGGUAUCAUUGAACUCUACGAGUUUCAGAAAAAGUACCCUUGUGCUGAAGCCAAAGUGAAUGCAUAUCUGAGUGAGACUGGUACUUAUUUCCAGAGUUACAUUCGACGUGGUUUAAGCAAUUUGGCUGCCGAAGACAAUCAGUUACGCGCAAACGUUCAUACCGCGGCAGCCCAGGACUACAGCCAACAAUCGUCUCCAAAUACGUCCAUGGCCUCGGCCAUGGCAAUUUCCCCUAUGGCCACACACAACGCGCAUCAGGACCCUCGACAAUCCCUUGACAGCUUGCGGUCACCUGCGAGCGACCGAUCGAGCAUUUACGGAGGAGACGAUGCGGCGGAAAUCAAGCAACGAUUGUUAAAACUACAGCAAAAAUUUGGAUAUAAAACAGAGACGAGUGCACCGAACGAGGAGAAUGGGUCCAGCGUGGGUGGCUCAAGCAUGCAUGGGGAAUCCGGUGUUCAGCGACAAGAUAUCUCGCCUACGUAUGGUUCGUUACCUUCGCGACGGAUGUCGCCGUUAAAUCAGGUAAAGUGCUAGGAAUACUAUUCUAGAAAAACGGGAUAGCAUAAAAGCUUACAGAAAAUGGUGGUACAGGAUUCCUAUUCGUCAUUGCGAAGCUCCCUUCAUGGUGAAUCGGACCGAGCUCAAUCAGUGUCUGCUUUGAAAGAAAGAUUAGCGAAAAUGAAACAGGUCAUUCAUUCGGCUGCAUCUUCAGCUUCCGAUACAUGACAAUAAUACCGAAUAAAGUGAAAUCAACUGAACAAGAAAAAAAGAAAAAAGAAAUCCAAUCCCCAUCACUACUCCACUCUUCACCUACAUCAUCUUUGUGCAACUAAAUAAAUAAAGAAAGAAAGAAAAGAAAAAAAUGUAUAAACAUUCGAUUCUGUGCUGAUACGGUGCAAGGCGGAAUAAAAAAGAAGGAUGUAUACAUCAUCUUUUUCGGCAGAAGUUCCGAGUUUGGAAUGUGGAAGCAGAACAUGCGGUGAAAUCGAAAUCUUCCAAAUCGGGGUCACAAUGAUC